AUGAUAAUUAGGAACAUUGGCAUAAGGCGAUGCACUCGCAGACUCCUAUCAACUAAGGUCAAAGAGGGUUCGUCCACAAAUACCAGCCAUGCUAUCUCAAAUAGGCAACUACUCUACACAACAGACGCAGCUUCACCUGGAUCGGUGUUUUUCUUACCACAUGGAACAAGAAUACUAAACAAGCUUAUUCAAUUUAUGAAGAAUCAGCAAAUAAGGUAUGGAUUUCAAGAGGUUGUCACUCCUUUGAUAUUCAAGACAAAAUUGUGGAAGAAAUCGGGACAUUGGGAUAAUUACAAAGAUGACAUGUUUAAGGUCGUUGGGUUUGAUAUGUCGAAAGAAGAGAUUCCUGAAGGUUCCAUAGAGGAGCACGAAUAUGGGUUGAAGCCAAUGAACUGUCCGAGCCACUGCAUGAUCUUUGCAAAAUUUGAUCGUAGUUAUAAUGAGUUGCCGAUAAGAUAUUCAGAUUUCAGCUCAUUGCAUAGGAAUGAGGCAAGUGGUGCGUUAAGUGGAUUGACAAGAGUGCGUAGGUUCCACCAAGAUGACGGUCAUAUAUUCUGCAGUGUUAGCCACAUUGAUCAGGAGAUUAAAAACACAUUAGAUUUGAUCAAAGAUACUUAUGCCGUGUUUGGAAUUAAUGAAAUUGAAUAUUACUUGUCAACACGACCAGAUAAAUUCAUGGGCGACAUUGAAACCUGGGAUCAAGCUGAAUCGCAGUUGAAGAAAGUGUUGGAUGAAGGCACCGGGAAAGGAAGCUGGGAAAUUAGAGAAGGUGAUGGUGCAUUCUACGGCCCCAAAAUUGAUGUACUCUUGACGGACGCAUUUAACAAAAAGCAUCAAGUCGGGACAAUCCAAUUGGACUUUCAAUUACCAAAAAGAUUUGACUUGAAAUACGCUGCCGAGGAUGGAUCGAGAGAUAACCAGCCUAUUUUGGUACAUAGGGCUGUAUUUGGAUCUUUAGAAAGAUUCUUUGCCAUUUUGUUGGAUCAUUAUCAAGGAAAGUGGCCAUUCUGGAUAAAUCCAAGACAGGCUGUGAUAAUACCUAUAAACGAUUCGCAUGUCGAAAAGGCAGAAGAAUUGCAACGCAAGUUAUGCGGGGAUAUAAUAAACUCCCAAGACCUGAUCUCCCCCUUGACUGGGUUUAAUUUUCAUGUUGACAUGGAUAAAAGGGCUGCAACAGUGGGACACAGAACUAAGGAAGCAAUUAAAAGUGGUUACUCCUACAUCAUAUUGAUUGGAGACAGAGACAUUGCCAAUGGCACCUUUUCGAUAAGAUCUAGAGAUGAUCGAAAAGUUUCAAACUUGACAAGUGACGAAAUUUAUCAAAAGUUCAUAGACUUGGAAAAGAAAUAUCAAUAG